UAUUUACUUUUUGGAGAUUUAGAUGCCAUACACAGACAAGCAGGAACCUUGGCAUCUGGGCAAAGACAUGUGACUGGUUUGUCUCUGCUGACAUCCGGACCUGGGAGUUCAUUAAUGCAAGUUGGAACUACAAGCGCAGGAGCAGUUAAUGGGCUAGAAAUGUAUGGGGUACUUCUGAAGUCUCAGAGCUAAUAAAGUCAUUUCUCACACACACACACACCAGAGUAUUAUACCGUUCUUUAUGCUGUCAAGUGUCAAGUGUGGAAUUGAAAUCUGAUGAUGAACAGACUGCUGUGAAAUGGUUUCCGAGGAAAUCAGGCUAAGAGCAUAAAACCUGUGAACAUAAAGUCUUUAGAAAACACCACUUUUAAUUAAAUUAUUCAGAUUGCUGAAUACAACUGCGUCACUUUUUCCGACUCAAACGAAUAAAGAAUAUUUACUGAACAAAUAUAAGUCAAUGUGUCAAGUAUUCAAAUCAUAUCUGAAUGUAUACUCUUAUCCUGUCGCAUCUGAAGCUAAAAUAUUGUUUCUGUGAAAAUGGCAUGUUUAUAAAUGGUUGCGAUAUAUGACUUUAAAGAGCUUAACUGUACACCUCUGUCACUUUUCCAUGUUUCCUGGCACCCCAUUUAAACACACAUUCACACACCUGGUCUCUCUUGACUUGAUAGCAAUCUGGCGCCAAGCUGCACAAAGGAAAUAAAUAUAACAUCAGGCAGUCACUGUUUGAAAAGAUAAUUUGUUUGGCAAACAGACUCCCCCAUAUACACACACACUCCCUCUCUCACUUUUCUCUCGCUUAGCAAUAUGGGGAGUGCCAAGAAUUAAUGUAGGACAUUUUUGCAGUUAUUAAUUUCUUAAUUUCUUGCUACCUGAAACAAAAUGUACCCCCUGCAUUUUUAUAUGUCUAACGGUCAGUCUUUAUGUUUGCGUUUAGGUCAUGAUGAAGAUCCACAGUGGUGUAAGUGUACAAUCAGACCCAGGAAAGAUGGACUCUAACUUAAGCCUUGCUGUAUGUUUCGGCUAUGCCAAUAAGACAAAUCCGCAUGUGCAGUGUCCUUUCAGGCUGGCAGAGAUGGUGCUCAUCAUCCUGGGAUUGAGCUCUUUGAGUCUGCUUACAGUUAUCGGCAAUGUUCUGGUCAUUGUCUCCAUCAAGGUCAAUAAGAGCCUCCAGACAGUUAAUAACUACUUCCUCUUCAGCUUAGCAUGUGCAGACCUCAUCAUCGGCGUGUUUUCCAUGAACCUCUAUACAAUCUACAUUGUGAUUGGCUUCUGGCCUUUAGGGCCUGUCAUCUGUGACCUGUGGUUGGCUCUCGACUAUGUGGCGAGCAACGCCUCUGUCAUGAAUCUCCUCAUCAUCAGCUUUGACCGCUACUUCUGUGUCACCAAGCCGCUUAGCUACCCAGUCAAGAGAACGACCAGGAUGGCGGGUAUGAUGAUCGCAGCCGCCUGGAUCUUGUCCUUUGUCUUGUGGGCUCCAGCCAUCCUCUUCUGGCAGUUCUUCAUGGGUGAGCGCACGGUGCCCAAAGGCGAAUGUUACAUUCAGUUCUUUUCCAAUGCUGCAGUCACUUUUGGCACGGCCAUCGCUGCGUUCUACCUGCCUGUGGUCAUCAUGAGUGUGCUGUACUGGCAGAUCUCCAGGGCUAGUCGCAGCCGAGUCAAAAGGAGAGACUGUCACAAGACGUAUGGGGUUAGUCAGGAGGGCAGGACUCAGGCCACUGUCUUGGCCACUGAAGAGAACAGAGAAAGGAAGAAAAGCAAGGAAGCAGACGGUUUGCAAGUACAGCACAUUUGUUCCAGCACUAUUAUAGGUGAGGACAAGGAGAGUGAAAAUGACUCCACAUCAGGCAGUGUCUUGGCUUCAUCCAGUCCGAGAGAGGAUGCGGUUUCUAAUGGUGACGUUAAGAGCGCUCAAACAAAGACUUUGCCUCAAGUAAAAACAAGUUGUGCCAAACUUACUUUUUUGAGAAUUUCAUCACAAGAGACCAUAGGUAACAGUCCAAAUCAGAACAACAGCCAUCACAAGGAGAGACAGAGUCUGGUGGCUCUGAUCUUCAUGCCUCCGAACAAGAAAAAGAGGAAGAAUGGGAGCUACAGAGAGAGGAAGGUUACAAGGACUAUCAUGGCUAUUCUUCUGGCCUUUGUGAUCACAUGGACCCCUUACAAUGUCAUGGUGCUGAUCAACACUUUCUGCUCUCGCUGCAUCCCUAACUCCAUGUGGGUGCUGGGCUACUGGCUUUGUUACAUCAACAGCACGGUUAACCCCGCCUGCUAUGCCCUGUGCAAUGCCACCUUCAAGAACACUUUCAAGCAGCUGCUGUUGUGCAAGUACAAAAACAUUCGCACAGUCAGAUAAAACAUGCAUGUGUUUUACAAGAAGUUAUUGAGUUUAAUGUAAGAUUUUGGUUCCAUAUCCAAAAAUCUCUGAGCACUCUUGCUGGAUCAGAAAAACAGAAAACAGUGAUGGCAUUAAUAUGCCCUUACACCAUGAGAGGGGCAUGUCACAUUCAAGUCACGUUCAGAAUGUGGCUUGGAAAUGAACAGGGCUGAAAAGCUGGAGGUACCCAGCGGAAACAGUUACAGCUUUGUAAAGGUUGUGUCAGUAUGACUUCAAAUAAAGCUAGAGCUUUGUUACGAAAAACAAGAGAAACCAAUAACCAUUUAAGAUCAUAAUUCGAACCAGAACAAGUUGAUGAGAUUGGUCAGUCAAUUAUUCCUUCAUUCAUCUUCAGUAACCGCAUUAUCCUGGUCAGGGUCGUGGUGGAUCUGGAGUCCAUCACGGGACCACUGGGCAUGAGGAAGAGACGCUAGCAGGGCACCAGCGCACACACAUAUGGGGGAAACCCACACAGACAUGAGGAGAGCAUGCACAGACAGUAGCCCGAGUUUAGGAUGGAACCAGGGAACUGGAGCUGAGAGGCUGCAAUGCUACCCACUGCACCACCGUGCUGCUACACUCCAUACACUUAUUCAUAAAUAAAGACUCUCAAGCCUUGACCUAAUGCAUGUAAUGUAGUAUAGCAAUAUUCUAAGAUAAAACUCUGAUGAUAAAUAAAGAAUGCCAUGCUUUGCUCUAUGAAUUAAUGCAUACAGUGUUUAUGGUUGUGUUUCUAGUUUCUGUGAAAAAAACUAAUAUCUUUAUGUGUUAAAAACCUGUAUGACAAUUAUACCCUUAAAAUAUACUUCAGACAUGAAGGAAGUUAUUGGAGAUAAAGUAUUUCAGACAUUUAAC